AUGAGCGGGGUAAAGAAGAAGACGCAACAGCAGCGCGACCGCGCGCACUCGUUGUCCGUUUGGUGCAGCGCGGCGCUCGCGACGAGCUGCUACGCGCUGCGCGGGUGCGGCGCGGCUUCGACUCUGCUGGCAUCGUGCCGGCCGCCGCCCCGCGCCGCGUCUACGUCCAUAAACACUGGACAAGAUGAACUAACAGCAACGCUUCUUAACUACUCGCCUGAUAUCGUAGCCCUCAACGAAACCUGGCUCAAACCGGGUGAGGAGGCUGCGGCACCCGCGAUCCCGAGUUACAAAUUCUUACACAAGGCAAGGCAAGGGAAAAAGGGUGGAGGUGUGGGCUUCUAUGUUCGACAAGGAAUCACUUCUAAGGUACAAAAACAUCCUACAUCUAAACUUGAACAAUUCUGGCUUGAAGUUCAAUUGCAGGGCUCCAGUUUGGCCGUUGGCACUGCCUAUAGACCGGAGUCGGUGGGAGUUCAAGACGCUCUAGACGCCCUCAGUGAGUCUAUCAACUCCUUGGCAAGAUGUGACCUUACAUGUGUUUUAGGCGAUAUUAAUAUAGACAUGGCAAGUCCGAAAAAUCCAAAAGCGCAAGAACUUUUACACUUCUGCCAUCAGCAUAACCUCGAACAACUAGUUAAGGAACCCACGCGAAUCACGCAGCACUCAGGGACCAUUCUAGAUCUCGUUCUCACUGACAACGCGUCGAAGUGCCGAAAUGUGCAAAUUAUUCAUAACUACUGUCUAAGUGAUCAUGCUUUGGUUAUUGUAGACUUUGACAUAAGAAAGUCCAAGUUUAAAAAAGAAAUUAAAUAUAGGCGCCCAUUACUACAUAUAAAUUUUGACUCUUUUAAUGCUGAUUUAAACCGCUUACCAUGGGACUCCAUCGGUGACCUGCAAGAUGUCAACCAAAUGGUCAAAACAUUUAAUAGUUAUAUGCUUCUACUGUUUGAUAUCCACGCUCCAAUUCGUAAAAUAAUCUGCGGGGUUAAGCCGAAACCGUGGAUAACAAAUAUGAUAAGAUUCAUGAUGAGGCUGCGAGACCAAGCAUUACAGCGAGCACUAAAAGUGAAAAAAGAGAGCGCCAAAGACUACUAUCGUAAUCUUAGGAACUUAGUGACCGCCUCGAUAGAACGCGAGCGAAGAGCCUAUUUUAAUAGCUUCAUUAACAACAACUUAAAGGACUCGGCUACGCUUUGGAGAAAUAUUAAAAAAAUCACCCAGGUAAACAGCACCAAGACCAACAUGAUUCCUGAUCAUCUAAGCGACCCAGAUAAAAUUAACGAUCAUUUCCUUAAUCUACCACCUUGUCCUGGGACAAUUCUCGACGCAAGAAGUAUGAACCUGAUUGAUGCAUCAGAACACGAUGAGUUAAAGUUAAAACCAGUCUCAGAGGAGGAAGUAAAAAAUACUAUCUACAAUAUAAAAACUAAGGCAGUGGGACACGAUGAUUUAAGCAUCGACAUGAUAAAGUUGACAUUGAAAGUCACACUACCUAUAAUAACUAAGAUGGUGAAUAAGUCUAUUGAAACCAACACAUUCCCCUCUAGCUGGAAGAAAGCGCUAGUUAAACCUAUCCAAAAAAAAAGUACAGUGGUCGAGCUAAAAGAUCUACGCCCGAUUUCAAUCUUACCGGUAUUAUCGAAAGUACUAGAGAAAGUAGUGCUGGUGCAAGUUCUAAAGUACCUAGGGAACAAUAAUAUAACGCCAAAGCUACAAUCAGGCUUUCGCAAAGCGCAUGGCACUGAAACGGCACUCCUAAAAGUUACAGACGAUCUGACGGAGGCAUCGGAUAUGGGGCUUAGCUCCAUUAUG